GUCGCUUCCUGGAAGGCUCCUUUCUAGUGCACGUCUCCUUGGAAGAUGCCACCGGAGACUGUCCACAGGCCUCCGGUUCCGGGAUUCGGCAGAUCGCCCUGAGCAAUGCCUUCCUGGCGGAAGGCAAGAUUGCAUGCGGCGAGGUCAAGCUCGCGACCAUUCCCGGAGAGCUGCCGAUCCCAAUUGGAACUGCGGGCAUCCUCGGCCUGGACUUCCUGGCGCUCUUCGACUGGGACUUCGAUGUCCGCUCCGAGAAGGUCCGCAUCGCCACCGCACCCAAAGAUCGCCGCGCCCCCGUCCAGUUCGAUGUGGAUGGCAUGGUGGUGGUGCCGCUGACCAAGAUCCGCACCCCUAGCCGGGCAGAGCUGUACGCCUGCAGUGUCAAGGUGGCUGUGCCCGGUGAUGACGUGCAGGAGCCGCUGCGGCGCAAGUUGCACGACCUCCGUGACAUGUUUCGUUUGUUUCAAUACGGAUUCGAGAUGGACUUGCAAACAAAGCUGGAGUUCCCUACUUUCGCAGGUGUGAGUUUACUGGACAGCGGGAUGAUCAACAGACUUGCUGAGUUUCCAACCUCUAUGCGCGCGCUUGAGAGGAAGCUCCUGGACCUGGAGAUGUCAAUCCGUGACCUCAAUGAGGAGUUGAAAGAAGCAGGUGUUGAUGAAGGCAAAGCGAGCCUCAAAGGCGGGAGUCAAUUUGGCGCUGUCGGAGGUGCAGCCAUUCGUGGGGAUCCCGUCUUUGACCAAGCACCCGCGCCUCCAUUUUCAUCACCGGCAGUCGACGAGAAGCCUCUCAGUGAAGAGGCCGAAGUGGCUGCACCAACAACUGUUCUGCGCGGCUCAGCCGCUGCACCGAGCACUACUGUCAUUGCUGGUGCCGCGACAAAUUACCAGCGGUGGCGGAAAGAUCAGAAGUGUGGCAAGGCUGUUGGCCCACUUCCAGACGGGAAACCUGUGGAGUGCGAACCCACAGGAGAGUUUGCCUGCUGCUCUGUCAAUGGCUGGUGCGGCAACUCCAAGAAGCACUGCAGCUGCAAAGGCUGCGUCAAUUACCGCGACAUUUAUGCCGGGCAGUCCCAGGGUACCUCGCAGAAGGCCGUGGCGCUACCACCAAGUCCGCCCAAAGAUGGCCACCAGGGGAAGACUGUUGUCGUGAUCAUCCCGUUCCGUGAUCGUGAGAACCACUUGAAACUCUUCAAGCCGUUCUGGCGGUGGUUUGCAGAGUCCGGACGAUCGCCAAAGACUGUGCAAAGAUGGGUGGUCGUCGUUGCCGAGCAGUUCGAUGUGGCUUGCCUCCACCACCUCCACCAAGUCUCUAUUGCUGUUCAGGUGCAGACGUUCAACCGUGGCUGGAACUUCAACGCUGGACUGGCUGUCGUCUCUGCGCAGUCAACCGCUUCGCCGGAUAUCCGACCCGACAUGGGUUUGGACUUCGACUGUGCCGUGAUUCAGGACAUCGAUUACCUACCAGAGAAAGGAGUCGACUACGCCGAGUGCGAUGUGCCCACGCAGCUCUCUGCAGAGAUUGAUCGAUACAAGUGGAAGACUCCCUAUUUGACCAGCGCGGGUGGGAUUGUCGGCAUGAGCUUGAAGCAUUGGCGCAAGAUCAAUGGAUUCGGCAACAACUACUUCGGCUGGGGUGGAGAGGACGACGAACUUCAUCAUCGCCUCCGUCUGGGUGGGCUCCUUUACGGGGACU